AUGGCACUUGAAACACCUGGUGGCUUCAGGAUGGCGAAUUCUAAGCCUACAGCUCGUCUAUCCUACCCGAACUCUGCUAACCUCUGUUGGUUUUGCAUCCCUGGGCACGCAAACCUUGCUACCUGCUGUCCGUUCUUCAACCUUCACAUGGAGGUAACCUUGAUCUCAUUGACUGCAACCUCUACUAGCGUGUCGCCUUUGCUUGAUAAUAGGAAAGCGCUUUUUAGUGCUUCAAGGAUGUCCUCCAUGGUCUACUAG